CUUGGUCUUAGUGUCAUUAGAAAAGGGCGCGAAUCAUGAAUUCAGCUGCUUUUUGACAGUUUUUGUCAAACAAAUUUACAAAUGUCAAAAACUAUUGCCGGCUGGUUUCUAGUUUUGUAAAAUCAAAUUGUUUUCGUGUUCCUAUUUAAUUGUAAACAAGUCAAACAGUCUACUAAUACAAUUUAUUGUUGAUGCAAUGGAUGAAGAUAACCAAGAUGGACCAUUUACUGUGUGGCAAAUGUUUAACGCUCCUACUAUGGUGUUGUUCAACAACUUGGAACAUGCAGCUGAUGGUUUGGAUAGACUGCUGACAUCUAUACUAAAAUUAUCUGGAGACUUCUCUGAAGUAUUAGUGCCAAGGGCAGGUUCCUCGAAGUACCCAGAUUCAUAUUAUCAAGCAUUCAAUACGUGGCUUGUUGGCAGGCUAUUUUACGUGUGGUCUGUUGAGGAGCUAAGCAGGAUACAUGAAACAAGCAAAGAAGCUCAAUUGAAAAUUCUGAACAUACUGUCCAUGAAUGCUGCAUCUUUCUAUAAUACUUUGCACUUAGAGUAUGUGUCAGUUUUAACUAAAUUAGUUCAGUAUUACAAAGAUAAUGAAGCGAAACAGUUAAAAGAGUAUUUGCUUGAAAAUUUUAAAUCGGAGCAAAUAGACAUUCCUAAUGUUCAGUUAAACUUAGAGCCCAUAUAUGUAAAGGUGAAAGAUAUACAAACAUGCAAGACAUUGAUAAACUUAACAUUGCAAUUACUUGCAGAGAGUCUACCAAUGAAUUCGGUAUACAUGAAUAAACACAAAAUGGAAUAUUGCAACCUAUUUAAUGAGAUUCUGUACAUGCUUGAUAAUUACAGUGUGGAUUUAAAGCUACACUCAAUAAAGUUUUUCAUAAAUUUAAGCUACAAUUAUGAACAAUUUGGUAUACACAAAUUUCAGAAAUGCUUUCCAUUUAUUUUUAGUGAUUUGCUUUAUUCGAUAGAAUCUUUGUUGAAAUCAUUGAAUGUGUACUAUGAGAAAGGGGAAAUAGAUGCAAUCUACUUAGACAACUUAAACAAAUUGAUGUGCACUUUUAUGAAAGUUAUUAAAAAAUGUCCUGACAAAGAGAAUAAAGAAAUUUUUUCAAAUAUCUGUACAGUAAUCUUAAGAACUAAGAAUAAUAAAACAUUUUGUAAUGACUUGAAGUUGGAAUGUUUAUCUAUGACUAAACACAUUAAUAUUUCAAAAGAUCUGAUAGAUUUAUCAAAUAAGGAUGCAAGUGAAAUUGAUAUACUCAAGGAGUACUACUGUAAAAAUAUACUGGACUGUAUGAAUUCUGAUUCACAAGAAAAAACAAAUAUAGAUUCAAAGGACAGUUGGUGUUACCAGCAAGUGAUAAAUGUAAUUGAAUCAAUAAAGACCUGUGAGGAUAGUAAAAUUGAUAUAUUUUUAAUAAGUUACCAUUUGAAGAGAUGUUUGUCUGCAUUGGGUGUAUUGCAAGAAGUUGCUUUGAUAAAACAGCAAGAUAAGACAAAACUUAUAUCAGAGGAAGAAAUCUAUGUGAUUUGGACAUCCUUGCAGAAACUUAUUGGAUUCAAUAAGAGCAUUAUUAUAGGAGACAGUAACUGCUCUAAACUGUACAUGGACAUACUUCUAAGUUCUACAGUCCUCCACCAUGCACCAUCUAGAGAUGAUUGUAACAAAAUUCUUCAACUAUUGUGUUUGCAAAACUCUCCACAGUUCUCUGAACAUAAUUUUGGUUUCAAUGAUAACACCAAAAUAAUGAUACUGAAAUAUAUCAUGAUUGUUAAACUCAUUCUGAAAGGCAAAUCCAGUGAAACAUGGAACAGAAUUAUCUCCCAUUUAAUUAGUGGUUUUCUGAAAAAUAAAACAGUUCAAAAUUACAAGCAGGUAUUACCAUUAUGUCCACUCUUAAUGUUGAAUAACAUACUCUCUUCAAGUAAACUAAUAGGGGACUUGCUAAUGCCUGCAUUUUUAACAAAAGACCAAGAGGUUCAGACAGAAGUUGCUGAAGUUAUAUCAGCUUUAGCCUGCAUGUCAUUGGGGACCUAUGACAUCGUCAUUACUGUACCAAAACAUUUUAUUGGACAUUCUAUAUUCACAAAUAAUAUUAUAAAUCUACUAUUAAUAUGUUCUAAAUGCCACCACAUAGAUAAGAAUAAAUACUCAGAAGGUUGUUUAAGCAAAAUAAAUCAAAAUAAAGUUGUAAUAUAUUCAGAAAGUAAUGCUUAUACUCCAAGUCAACACUCUACAAUUACAAGUCUUAAAAGUUUAUUUGUGAAGUUCUUGAACUGGAAGCAAUAUGUAGAUCUGAAAAACAGUGGAUUCUGGAAUCUGUUUGCCAGGCUCUGUCAUCACUACUAUGUGCUUAACUAUGCAGCUCUUACAGAUUUGUUGAAUGAAGAAAACAGUGAUCAAGUUUUGAAGUGUUUUACACCAUUUGUUGAGGAUAAUUUAGCAGAAGAAGAUCCUGAAUGGAAUGCUCACAAGGAUUCCGCUUACAGUUUAUGUGUCAAUAUACUAGUGAAGUCAACACGAAACAGUUUGGAAAACAAUGAUUACUCUCAACAGACCAACACUUUAAAUAUCAUAAAAGAGUUUGGUUUGUGUUCAAAUGAGAAAGUAGUUUUGCCUGUAACAAAACUCUUUGUUUAUUUUAUAAUGCAUCCACAAUGUUCUCUUGGGCCAAAGGCUGUGGUGAGUCUUAGGGAUGUUUGUGAAGUACAUGGGUACACCCCUAAUCAAGUGUAUCACCGCUAUAAAAAAGACUACUGUAAACUGUUUGUUGAAUGUAGUUUGUACAGUGGAAAAGAAUUUGCGAUAUCACUACUCAAAGUCGUUAGGGCUUUUGGUUUUGUUGGUUACAGAGAUUUCAUUUCCAAAGAUGUACAUCACUUUUUACCUUACUUGAUGCCAUACUCUGUGACAAUAAAAGAAGUUCCAUCCAUGAUAGAGGAAAUUGCCUCCCUGGUCCAAUGUUCGGUUUCAGACUUCUUGAUUGAGAGAUUUCCUCAUAUCUACGUGCAUGUCUAUUUGAACGAGUCUAAGGAAGUUGAGAAGAAAUGUAUGGACAUUAUUGGAAAGCUGACCAAGACGUCGGUACUAAGUUUGAUAAAGAGACAUUUCAGAGUGAUAUUGACAGAAUUUCUGCUGCAGUACUGUUGUGAUUCUGAAAAAGUGUUGAAUGCAUGUCGAUACUUGGCUUGCCAUGACCCUGACGUGUCGACACCAACUGGAAGUAUGACAAUGAGCACUUCGCAAAUCGCGGACUUUUUGAACCCCAAGUUUUUGGGUGUUCUAGCUUAUUUUGAUCAUAAACUGGUAAAUGCUAAAGUAGCAAUAUCAGUGAAAAGAAAAGCAUUGAAGAGUUUCCCUGAUAUAAUGCAAUUGAUGGGAGUUAAAUACUUAACGCCGUUAAGGUUUAAGGUUUUGGCUACCUUAAGAUCAGCUCUGCAAUUGGCGAAGGAAUUCCCAAAAAUAUUAGCAGAGGCAUGGAGCGCCUUUAUUCAUAACAUUGAUACGAUUUCUUUGGGACCACUAAUGUCUAAUUUAGCAGUAUCGCUUUUACAACAAUUGGAAUAUGCUCCUCAAGAAAUAAACAAAAUAUUUCAUUAUCUUGUAUUGAAUAACGAGAAUUUGCUUAGUUCUCAUAUAUCUGAUCUAUUUUUCUUAGAAGAUACGAAUAUAUCUGAUAGAAUAAAGAUGGUUAUCAAGAGGCAUGUGAAGAGAACUCAGCCUGACGGUUUCCUGGACAAGAUCAAGUGGUAUUUACAACAUUUGAAUCACGACAUACCCAGUAUUAAGGCGUAUGCGUUUUCUCACCUCGACAAAUUAUUGAAAAGUAAUAGAUCUGAGAUACAUAAAGCUAUAUUUGGCGGUAAAAAUAUAGAUCCAGUCAUAGUCGAGUUGAUUGAUUCGCUGUUGGCGGGUUGCAAAGACCCUGAUCCUAAAGUAAGUUUAUCAAGUGGUGCCUGCCUCGGUCAGUUGGGAGCUAUUGAGGCGGGUCACCUACCUCGGCAGUACGUGCAGCCGGAUAGGUCGCCCUUCGCAUUCUCUAUCGGAGACGACUGCUUCGCCGCAACUGCGCUCGUUGAACUGUCACGGGCCUUCCAAUAUGAAAAGGAUACUAUGAAUAUGGAUUGUUAUGCUUUAACUAUUCAAGAGAUAUUAAAAAUUUACGACAUUUCGCCAACGGGUAGCAAAAAAGAUGUGUGGGACAGUUUUCCUGAACAUAUGCAUCAGAUAAUGCAUCCGUUAUUGAGUUCCAGGUACACGCUGGCGUAUCCGUCUCAACCGAAAAAAGCACAUCCUUUAUUUGGAUCAACUUACGCAACAACAUUUUUAGAGUGGGCACACAAUUGGGCAGGGCAACUGAUUCCACUGAUAGAAUCGGAAAGUAUUCGGGAACUCCUACGCACAGUGCACCCUAGUAUGCGGCGAGACGUCAGAACUUUGUUUCUGUUCCUUCCCUACGUGUUGUUACAUGCUGUCAAAUCAAAGAAUAAUUCACAAUACAUACAAGAAGAAAUAUUGGCUGUUAUUGGUCUAGAAAACUUUGAAGUGGAGAAUUCAGUGACAAUAGAAAGGUGUAGAUAUAAAAUGCUACGGCAUAUCAGAAUGACACCGAGCAUCAACUCUGUUCAGACAGAAGAAGGCAAUCAGAGUAAGUGCAGUAAAACAAUUUACACACUUCUAGACUUUCUGAAUAGAUGGCUGCUGGAGUGGUGCCAUUCUAAACAACGUCCUAGGGAAAACGAAAAUUACAAAGCAAUAUCCUCAUUUCUGGAUAAAUUCGACAAGUUAGUGAUAGCUCGUGGUAACUUUGCUUGCGGCGAGUUGGAGAGGGCUCUGCAAUACCUCGAGUUGUAUAUGGACGAGAGAAAGGACAAGAUGCAGGAACAACUUCCUUUCUUAGCCGAGAUAUAUGCCUUGUUAGAUGAACCGGAUUCUGUGGCAGGUAUCUUAUCAAUGAAAAGAUCGGAGCCUUCGCUAAAGGAGUUGAUUCUCGCGCAAGUAGUAACAGGACGAUUGCAAGAUGCUGCCCUGUGUUACGAACGAUUGGCCCAAGAAGGCCAGUUAGAUAGACAUAGCUUGCAGAGCAUGAUUGACUGUUACCUUGGUCUGGACCAGCCUUUCACUGCAUACCGGUUGCUAAGCAAGCAUGAUUACGAUGACGGUAUGAGUGAAUUAUCAGCUGAACCUUUGUGGCGACUCGGGCGGUUUGAUGAACUCGACGAGCUUUGCAAGAAACCCCCACCAUCAAAAGAAAACUGGGGUCUACUAAUGGGCCGCACCUUGUUAGCCUAUCGACAACAAGACCACGAUGCCUUCCUAAUAUCGUGUAAGCAGACGACAAGUAGGCUACUGGCUCAGAUGGAUGCUGAGAGCAAAGGGGAGAAUGCAUUGAGGAGCGGAUACCAAAGUGUACUUGGUCUACAUAUUAUUACUGAAACUAGCCAUGCUGAAGAGGUCUUGCAGAGGUUGAAAGAGCUAAGAGACGGCGAUCGCCAGAGUACGGAGAUCUUGAAUCAGUUGCUGGACGAGUGGAGACUGCGUCUGUCCGUAGUGCAGUCUGAUGUCAGGACCAUCGAGCCACUGCUGCGACUGAGGAGGAUAUUGCUGCAACAGACACAGCAACUGCUGGAACCGACACACCCUGUCACGGCGAGUCGGUUGAAGGCGUGCAUUGGGGACCUCUGGCUACAGAGUGCGAAACACGCCAGAAAAGCUGGCAUCUUCCAACAGUCGUAUAUGUACGUGUUGAACGCAGAAGAGUACCAACCGGAGGAGUUGUUUAUAGAGAAGUCAAAGAUGUACUGGGCUCGAGGACAACAUGAACACGCGUUUACCACGCUACGUCGCGGCCUGGACGAUACAUAUCCUAUGCUGGAACAACUUAAUAAUGAUCAGAGAAAAAUAUGCGCAAAAGCUAAAUUAUUGAUAGCAAAAUACAACGACGAGACUACGAAUGUCGACGUGGACGUGAAUAUUGGGUAUUACAAGGAGUCGGUGGAGGUAUUCAAACAAUGGGAGAAGAGUUUGGUGUGUCUAGGAGCAUAUUAUGAGAAAGUUAGUUGCGGCGAAGGCACGAGUACAAGCACGACUUGGUCGCGGCGUCUAUAUGCACUCAACAGCUACGGGAAGGCUCUACAGUACGGGCAUAAAUACUUAUAUCAGAGUAUGCCUCGAAUGUUGUCUAUAUGGUUAGAUGUUGAAGUUACAUCUACAGACACAAGCGCGCAUCAAGUGUUAGCACAAAUGACGGAGAUCAUCAAGACGUACUCUGAGAGACUGCCGCUGUAUCUCUAUCUGACGGCGUUCUCCCAAAUCGUAUCGAGGAUCUGUCAUCCUGUAAAAGAGGUGUAUCUACAACUAAAAGCGAUAUUAGUGAAGCUGAUAGUAGCGUACCCUCAACACACUCUAUGGAUGAUGAUGAGUGUGAUGAAGUCCAGCUACGCACAACGUAUCAAGCGCUGCGCCGAUGUCUUCGCAGACCCCAGGCUCAAAGAACCACGCCUGUUGAAACUCAUCAGUGAUUUCACACAGCUAGCUGAAAAACUAAUUGAACUGUGCAAUAAACCUAUCGCUGGGAGCUCCUUAACUACAACGGUAUCUACUCUAGUCAGAUCGCUUCCUCGUCUGCUUGCGAGUGACAGCUUUAGUCACGUGAUGAUGCCGUUCCAAGAGUUCUGCAAGAUUGUGUUACCGUCCAAGGCGGCGCGACAAGAACGCAUCGACUUCAACAUACCUACGGAACCACCGGUGUACAUCGCGGGCAUAGAAGAACAGAUUAGUAUACUGCCUUCGUUGCAGAAACCUAGAAAAGUUACUUUAAAAGGUUCCGAUGGCAAAUCCUACAUAAUAAUGUUGAAACCGCGCGAUGAUCUUCGUAAGGACUACCGUUUGAUGGAAUUUAACGGAGUCGUGAAUCGUUUCCUGCAAGAUGCGCCGGAGACGCGGCGUCGAAGACUUUACAUACGAACGUACAGCGUUCUGCCUUUGAAUGAGGAAUGCGGACUCAUUGAAUGGGUACCGAAUUUAGUCGGCUUAAGACCUAUACUAAUGCAUAUUUAUAAACAGAAAGGUAUUCACACCAGCAACCGUGAGUUGAAGGAAAUGAUGUGUGCAAAUAAAGACCCGGUUGAGAAAAAGCGGCGUAUCUACGAACAACAGUUGCUACCUCGGCACCCUCCCGUGUUCCAAGAGUGGUUCCGAAGGGUGUUCUCCGAUCCCUAUGGAUGGUAUCAAGCCAGAUCCGCUUACAUCAGAACUACUGCUGUUAUGUCAAUGGUUGGAUAUAUUUUGGGUCUUGGUGAUAGACACGGGGAAAACAUAUCGUUCGACUCGACCAACGGUGACACGGUGCAUGUAGACUUCAAUUGUUUGUUCAACAAGGGUGAGGCGUUCGAGUGGCCGGAAAGGGUUCCUUUCCGACUCACACACAAUAUGGAGGCGGCUAUGGGACCUCUCAAACAUGAAGGCAUGUACAGGAAAAGUUGUGAAGCGGUAAUGCGAGCUUUACGCGCCCAAACUGCGGCGCUGAUGUCGGUCAUCGAGCCGUUUGUGUACGACCCCUUAGUGUCAUGGGGUAAGGUACGGCAGAUGGACUGCGGCGAGAGGACCAAUGAACAAGCCAUGCAACAUCUACUACAUAUCAAGCAACGACUCAAUGGAAUGGUGAGGACAAAGAAUAAGCAGCUAUCGCUAUCCUUGUCUCCAGAAGGUCAAGUGGAACAUCUGAUCGUGGAAGCGACCAGUAUAAUCAACUUAUGCCAAAUGUACAUAGGGUGGGGGCCCUUUUUGUAAUUCAAUACUAAAAUAUUGUGCCUUAAACUGUGAUUUAUGCUAAGAUUUAAUGAUGUUACUAAUACGUAAUUUGCUAUUGUAUUUUGAGUC